GAAGGUCAGCCACCUCUCCCACAUCGGGGGGCUGCUGGGCGGCCUCUUCGUGUCCUUUGCGUUCCUGCCAAACCUCAAGGACCGCCGCUUCAAGUCGAUGCGCCGCAUCGUGGAGCGCACGUGGGGCCACCGCCUGCCGCGGGCGGCGCCGCGGGAGCACAAGUCGUGCUGGCGCAGCAACAGGUGGCUGUACUGGCUGUGCAUGACGGUGUGCCUCGCCGCGGUGCUGUUCCUGUACGUUGCGCUGCCCGUCUGGAUCUGGAUUUGGAAGCUGCCGCGCCUGACGUGCCCCGUCGUGGAGGGGCUGGCGUGA